CUUGGACUUUGAUUCUAAAAUGAAAGCGGAAAUGCAAGAAAUGGCGUAAACAAGACCGUAUUUUUUAUUAGUAGAUGUGUUUGAAACAAUGAGUAUCAAUAGUGUAGAGGACGACAGGCGCCCGCUAUUGUCACAAAAUAGUAACAGUAUUAAUUGGUCUUCGAGACGACCGCCCCCAAGGAACAAUGCGCGGAUAUCGACAGAGCGCCUGCUACGGAACCCAGUGGACUACCAGUCAAUCAGCUCAGGGGGCAUCCUGCCUGGUAUUCCUGAUGUGUCCAUAUCAGCGGUCAUCAGUCGCUACAAGUACUACUCCAGACUGGCCCCCAGUGGUGAUACCUCAUUUACUAUGCCAGACCAUGUGGUUCCUGAUGUUUUCCUCAUCAGCACGGUCAAAGAAGAGGGUGGGUCACAACCGAGCUGGGUCACAGUGUUUUCCCUGUGGAACACCAUGAUGGGAACUUCUCUGUUGAGUAUGCCAUGGGCAAUUAACCAGGCGGGGUUUGCUACGGGUGUGUCCCUGCUACUACUGAUGGGGGCUCUCAUGCUGUACACCAGCUACAGAAUCCUGGACUCUGUGAAAGGCAUCAAGAUGACAGGGGACGUGUUGGAGUUUUCUGACGUGUGUCGGUACUAUCUGGGUCGAUGGGGAGAGUGGGCGGCAUGGUCAUCGUCACUUCUCACGUUGCUAGGGGGCAUGAUUGUCUACUGGAUUCUUCUCUCUAACUUUCUCUAUAAUAUUGUCACGUUCAUUUAUCAUCAAGCCCAGGGGCGGGGGAGUGAUAUGUCUAGUACCACAGAUCCUAUAUGCCUCAUUAAAGAGAAUACAACUGUCACUAACAGCAGCCUCCCCCAGCAUGAUUCCAUGUUUCACAAAUACUGGGACGAACAGAAAACUGUGCCUUUCAUCCUGAUUGCUGUCCUACUACCUCUUAUAAGCUUCAAGUCACCAACGUUCUUCACCAAGUUUAACGCCAUGGGCACUAUAUCGGUGACAUACCUGGUUUGCUUCGCCAUGAAGAACGCAAUAAGCUGGGGCAUCCAUCUUGAAUUUCACGACACAACCAGUCCUUCAUAUGUCACUGAAUACAAGGGCAGUUUUCCAGCUCUAACAGGAGUAGCAGCCCUUGCUUAUUUUGUACAGAAUUGUGCUCUUGCAAUAACAAGGGCUCAAAAACACCCUGAAAAUAAUGUGCGUGAUCUGAUCUUGGCGUACAUCCUGGUGGCCAUGACCUAUAUUUACAUGGGCGUCAUCGUCUACAUCUCCUUCACCCUCGACAAGAGCUGUAUCGAGGAUAAUUUCCUGAACAACCUGAAGGACACCAAUGUGAUGGCUUUUGUGGCACGUAUUGGGCUGUUCUUUCAGAUGGUCUGCGUGUUCCCCCUACUCAUGUACAUCUUUCGCAUUCAGUUCAUGAACACACUCUUUGGAUCCAUAUGGCCAAGCCUGAAGCAUGUAUUUGGGCUGAACGUCCUUCUGGUAGUAGUGUGCGUCCUUUUUGCUGUCUUCUUGCCAUCUAUCGGUAAAAUCAUCGGAUUUGUCGGAGCGUUUUGUGGUUUCUCCUAUGCCAUCUGCCUGCCGUGCCUUGUGUACAUGAGGAAGCGCUACCUAGAGGGCGCCCUGCGUGCGCCAAUCAUCGCCUUCCAUGUCGUCCUCAUUGUUCUAGGACUCGCUAAUUUCAUUGGUCAAUUCUUGAUUCUGUAGAUUGUUGUUGCUUUGUGUACUGCAGUGAUCAAAAUUGUUGUUUAUUUAUUUUAUUUGUUAGAGUUGAUAUUAACAUUAAUAUGAUAUUGCUAUCUUGUUGCAUUCUUAGUUUAAAUUUCAAUCUUUGAAUGAUUUUUACAUUGUUUGUUUGAUUUACAUUAAACUUCUCACAUUGUAGAUUGAAAAUAAGUAGUUGUGUGACAAUUUCUUUUUUCAAUUAAAUGGUAAAAAGCAGACUUCUGCCAGUCAUCUUGUAAAAAUGUAACCAACUUUUUUUUUUCAAGUAGAUAUGAUGAUUGUUUGUUUUAAAUGGUUGAAUUAUAAGCUUUUAUUACAUUUGUGAAAUCAAUUGAAUAUAUUAGUUUUGCAUUAUUUAACUAUAUUUUUCAUUCAACUGUUUUUGUUUCAUGUGCACAGUCCUUAGUUUCUCAGGCUAUCUGACAUGUUUUGAAUGCUGAUGUGCAUGUUAAUUUUAAACAGUUGUGACUGUAUACAUUUUCCAUGUUAUACCAUAAUUAAGCACAUUUUGUGCCUAAAGUAUCGUCCCAGAUUGCAGACCGUAUUGCUAAUAAUGGACAACACUUUGCGCUUUUAUAGAAUUUUUAUGGUUGAAUGAUUUUUCACAGAGUUAUGGCCUUUUGAAAUUUUCCAUAAAAAAAAUAUUGUCCCCCCAACUACUGUGCCCCAUUUUUGUCCGGGCUAUUUUUCAGCAACUUAUGACCGGAAUUCAAUGAAACUUUAUGGGAAGCUUCACUACCAAGAGGAGAUGUGCAUAUUAUCAGGGGGCUCUGGUCGGAUGAUUUUUCACAGAGUUAUGGCCCUUUAAAAUUUUCUAUAAAAAAAUUAUUGUCCCCCCAACUACUGUGCCCUCAAGACGUUUCCUUUUAUCUAAAUAUUUAGUGCAAUAUUGUGAUAAAAAACCUUUGGGGAGCAUCACCCGUCUCGGACGGUUUCUUGUUUGUUUAAAGGAAGUCAAAACAAAAAAGUAUCCUUGUCCCAAAGUGUCAUCCUGGAUGAGCCUGUGCAGAUUGCUCACUCUAACAAUAAACAAUUUGCGCACAUGGAUUAAACCUGUUUUCAUCUGAGCAAAGCUUGUUUCAAUCAGCUGGGUACAUUGUAAUUACCAGCUCACACUAGAUUGUAUUUAUUUUUGUUUGUGUUAUGAUACUUCACUGCCUAGAAAACUGUUUGUUACUCAUUGAAAUUAUUAUGAACUGUAUACAUGUAAUACUGGAAAACAUAUUAAAUAUUAAACAGAUCAAUAUGGUUUUCCUGGGUUUGAUUUAGAUGAUAUAUGUAUGUACAGGAAUUUAGACUGACAAAUGACUGAAUGUUAUAAAAAACAUUCAGUGCUUGUCCCUGAGGGGGAAAGAGUCUUUUGGUUUCGGUUUUGAGGAGAUGGGGGUGGCCAUGGAUGCACAUGUAAAAGUAUUGAUAUUCUCUUUCCCACCCCCUCGUUUUCAUUUACAAUAUUCAGAUGUGUUUGAAAGCAACAAAUACUGUAACCCUUUGCCUCUCAGAGACGCACUUUUACACAUUUGAAGUCUCUUAGACAAUCAAAUCAAAUUGUAGACCUUUCUUACUGGAUUCAAGUUGUAAAGGUUUCAUUUCCAACCCUAAGAAACUAAUGAGCAGCAAACAGCAUGAAACCUGAACAGCUUGCGAGUGACUCCCAGGCUGUACUGGUUUUAUGCUGUUUGCAUAAGCCAUUUCCUCUGCUUCCGAGUGGGAAAUGGUUAAAAGCCGAUAUUUGUUGGUGUUUUGGACUAAAUGUGUGCAAGUUUCUUUUAAGCAUGUUAAGUUUAUUGUAAAUAAUAUUUUAUGAUAAAAUUAUAAAUAGUAUCUUUGCAUGCAGGUUAAAUAAUGUAUUUUGCAGCUGCUGAGAUUCUUUGUUAUUUGAGCCGCCAUCUGGGAACAAGGAGUUUAAUGCAUUUGCGUUAAGUGUUGUCUUCUUGUGCAGUAUGCUUAGGUUAAUCAGGGUAAACACUUUCAUCUAGAUUCGAUUUUUGUUAAGAUGAAUCUACUAUUAAAAAAGAAACAUUCCAUUAAAUUGGAAAGUGUCAUCAUUGAUUAGCCUGUUUGCACAUGCAUUUCGCCCAAUUUUAGCAGAAUGUGGCUCAUUAAUUGUUGUGCACUGAACAUAUGCUUAGAAUUUUGACACUGCCGUUGAUCAAUUGUGUAAACAUUGUUCUAAGCUAUAAUAUUAUUAUCACCACUAUAAACUCUACAUUCUUUGUGUAAAGAUUGGAUAGAUUGGUAUGUUGAAUUAAUAAAAUUGUUGGUACACACUUAUUUUCUCACAAUACCAUUUUUCUUUUUGCAUAUCCUUGUGCACUAAAAUGUUACAUACACAACUUUUGGAUAUUCAAAUUUUAUCUUAAAUCUGGUGUUGCUUUUAUAUGACCCCCGUCAUGCAGAAAUGGGUCUUGUGCCAAUAACUGCCAGCCUAGCUUGAUUUCCAGCCUGAGCAUAUGCACAAGUUCCUGACCAUUAUACCCGGCUAUGUAAGCUUGUACAGCACUACCAUUGCUCAUAUGGCAGAAGAGGUGGCAUGUAAGAGUUCAAGUUCAUAUCACAUUUAACCCUUUCAGUGCUGGAACCAAAUUUUGAAGGCCUUUGCAAACAGUUUGGAUCCAGAUGAGACACCACAGAAUGUUGCGUCUCAUAAGGAUCCAAACUAUUUGCUAUUCUGAUAGUAUUCUAAAAAAAAAGAGAAGAAAAUGCUAAUUUUAGAAAUUCAGCAGAUGACAUUUUAGCAGACGACAAAUUUCCCAGCAUGCAAAGGGUUAAAUACCCAAUCAAAUCUUAGCCUUCAAAGAUCAUAAAUAUACUCUUUUGUUCACUUGGUACAGAUUACAGGGAAACCCCUGUACAUAACAAAAUGUUUGAUUGGUUUUAAGGAAUGUUCAACUUAAUGCAACCUCUUAUGCAAGCUUGUCACAUUGUAAAAGUGACACAUAAUUUAUUGAAUGUUAGGAUCCAUUUUAAUGAGAACGGGUUAUAUAAACCCUUAACCCCUUAGAUACUUAUUUUGACACAUUUGUAUUACUUUAGAAAGUUACAUUUAAUUAAAUACCUUUCUUUCUAAAUUCAAGUUUUAAAAGCUUCAUUUCCAACCCUUAGAUACUGAUGAGCAGCAAACAGCAUAAAACCUGAACAGACUGCGAGUUACUCGCACGCUGUACUGGUUUAAGUUGUUUGCACAUAGCCAUUUUCACUUUGCUUCUGAGUGGAAAAGGGUUAACUUGUUGAUAUAUUGUGUCUGGAAUAUAUCAUGUGAAAAUAAAAUCAAAAUAUUUCAGCAAAAUUAAAUGUGUAAGUAAGAAAAAAAUGUGCAUGGUGUCUGGAAUAUUAGUAUUUAAGUUACUAUUGCAAAUAUUUUUUUCUAUUUGCAAUUUUUGUUCUGAUGUGAUUUAUUUAUUAUUAUAAAUAUUAAAUGCCUAUUUAGAUUAAAAGAAUAUGUAUGUAACCUGAUUUGUAUUCAUGUACAUGUUUUCUUUGAAAUUCUGCUUUUUGAUGUGUGAGUUACCUGCUUACAUAAGAUGUAACAAACAUUAAAAGUGUAAUUUUU